AUGAAGAAGUUCUUCAAGGGAAAGGAGGCAGGGACCAUCACACCCCUGCCUCCCGCCAGCCCGCCCGUCUCGAGCCCCUCAUUCGGAACACCGCGACUGUUUGAGGAGUAUCAGGCCAGAGUCGCAUCUCAAACCGCAUCGGCAGAGUCGAAUCGGCCGCUCUCCUACCAAGCACCCUCUCUCUCGUCACAUCACCCUCGCGAGUCCUCCGACGAAGCCCGCUACGCCCAAUCACAUUUGUCAGCAUCCUCUUCGCAGCGUCGUCGCAGUCAGCAGCCCGGCGUAUCGCCACGCCAGAAUCAGUUUCCUUACCAAGCCAGGGCAACACAGGCGGCAGAUGCUGCUUACGAUUCAUACUCGGAUCCAAGCUCGAAUCUCCGACCUUCGUACGAUCGCAGCAACCACUCCGACUAUGAUCUUCGCAGCCAACCACCUUCACAACAAUCUCACGCUGAUCGAAGACAUGCCAGCAAGCAGCUCCAACCCUCCUCAGGAAUGGCUGCGUCCUUGCCGCCACGCUCACUCCGUCCAGCCCAGCCAGCUGUUAGCCAUCGUCGCGAUGGCUCGAUGAGCAAGCCCAUAGCAUCGGAACGUGCUUUCCCUCCCCAGACUCGGAGUGGCGCAGCCAACUUCAGCCCUUCGCACUCGCCACCGACGCAUCAUCCAUCUGCCGACUCUAAUUGGGUGCGUCAUCGCAGGUCCCAGGAUUCCGACGACUCGGACCGCGCCGCCUACGAUGACACCGCCGCCCCACGCUCCACCGCCUAUCCAGUCUACGCGGGUCCUGAAGGCGAGGGCGAUGCCGGCGAGGUGCUCAUCUCACAGGGUCGCUACGAAGAGACCACUCUUCGUGACCCGCCCAAGGACAAGAGCAAAGGAAUGAAGCUCUUCGGAUUCUCCACGGGUAGCAAUAAGGACAAGAAGGCUAAGCAGCAUCGUGACGAUGCCCCUUCAUCGUCACCUGUCCCUCGAAGCAGUCGUGACAGAGACGAUGCUCACCUCAUGUCUCCGCCCGUGGACGCACAUCCAGACUCUGCGCCCGAACGCUCCAGAGAAGGCGGCUGGAUGGACCGCUGGAAGAAGGGCGCACACCAGUAUCAAGCGGCGCGGCUGCAGGACAAGGAAGCGGAAGACCUCGUCGCCUCACGCAUCGGCUGGAUCACCGCAAACGCUCACGAAGAGCAAGACUGGAUGCAUGUGCUCCCCAUCAUCGACCUUGUGAGCCAGUCCGAGGCGGCGAGCAAGGAAGCCGCUCGGGCUCUGCGCAAGGAAUUCAAGUACGGCACGGUGGAUACGCAACGUCGCGCCGUACGCCUUUGGGCGCUGCUGACCCUGAAUGCCAGCGAUCGGUUCCGUCUGCAGGUGGCAAGCAGGCGCUUUUUGGAGUCCAUUGAGGACACCAUCGCUUCGUCCAAGACGCCACUCAGCGUCAAGGAGACGAUGCUCAGGGUGCUUGGUGUGCUGGCGUUCGAGUUUAGGAACGAUGCGGACUUGGCGGCGGUGACAAAGUGCUGGAACAAGGUCAAGCCGAGUGACAGACCGAAGGACGGGGAGCCGCUGAAAAACGAUCUGUUCGAAUUCAGGCUGCCUCAGCCCUUUCAGCAGCAGCAACAAUCACAGCAGCAGCAGCAACAAGGACCAUGGCGUCGUACGUCGCAGCGCUACUCUGAGCCGUCAGCUCCUCACCCCGAACUCGCAUUCUCGCCCCCUCAACAACCGCCGCCUACCGCCGACCCGCCAACGCAGCUGCAUCGCCUGUCAGCUGCGUUCCCACGCACCCAGAAGCCUCAGCCGCCACCCCCCUCACAGCCAACCUGGCAACUGCCGACCUCCAACGGUGGCCCCGUCGACAUCAUCUCGAACCUCGAAGCGGCGGCAGCAUCGAUGGAGUCCAAGUCCUAUCCCGCCUCGAUCGCGUCGCAGCACGACAUUGUCGCGGCAGACGAAGACGUGCGUCGGCUGCACGAAGAAUGCCAGAUCGCACGGAGCAACGCGGCGGUGCUGCUCGACACGCUGCUGCACGAAGGCUUGCACGGUGACACGGCCGAGCUGAUUGACGAGUUCUAUGGGAAAGUGGUGCAUGCGCAGGAGUUGAUCGCGUCGCAGAUCGCAUGGGCGAGUGCGCAGGUGGAGCGGGCGAAGAUGGCCGGCGGGGAGGGAAGGGAGGAGGCGCUGUUGGCGGAUCUACUCGAGGCACACGGGCGGACAAGUGAGGCGGUGCGUGCGGUGGACGAGGCACGGCGAGUCGCAGAGGAGGAGGAAGAAGAGCGAAGGGUUACCGAGAGGAGCAAGGUCGAGGUGCGACUGGAUCGGUCUGCUCUGGCGCAGGACAGCACAGGUGAACUCUACGAUCUUACUGCGACACGGGGUCGAAGUGGGAUGCUCGGCGUGGAACGUGGUCCCCAAGCUUCCGGUUCGAGGUCCCCCUCUCCGAGCGGCUACAGCAAACCGGCGGUGUUGAGCCCAGGCUCAGGCUUUUCCAGCAACAGCUCGAGCAUCCUCUCCCCUGCAUCGCACACCACUGUUUCCCGCGGCUCGAGCGGCGCCACCGCCCCACCACGCGCGUCACGACCCCUCCCCGUCCCCCGCUCAGACCAAUCAUCCGACUCGAGCAUCCACCACUCGUCCGCUGCGUCAUCGCAGCAUUCGCGCGAUGCAUCGCUCACUCUGCCCGGCGGCACGGGUGGCGGCGGAAGGUCGCCCCUGCCCCAAACGCCAGCUCUCAAUAUCGAUACCUUGCAAAAAGGCGCCAUGGAGGAAGAUGACUUGCAAACGCCCGUGGUGCCCAGCGCCAAGGCGUUAGGCAAACGAAGGGCUGUCAGUGUCAGGUACCCGACUCCGCCACCGACGAACGGGGAGACGCCGCAGCUGCCACCCUUGCCAGGCAAGACUUUGGCCAACGGAAUGGGAGGGUUGAGGUUAGGUUGA